UGGUUUUGGAUAAAGUAACAGACAGCUAUGGUUGUUACACUUCACUUCAAACCUCAGUUCCGAAACUGAGAGACCACAAGUUCCAUAAUUUCUAACAAUGGUGGCUCUAACUCUGAGUCCCACAAAAACCCUUUUCCUCAAUUCCCAUCUUCUUCACUCCACUUUCAAACCCCAUUUCAUUAAUCCAUACAGUACCAAAACUCAGAGUCUCCACAGUUCGAGGUUUCUCUCAUUCAACUUAGUUACUUGCAAGCUGAAGUCACCUCAAGAUAUCAAGAACAAGGACAAGAACAUAUCCAAGAAGAUUGUGUUGUCAGAGGCAGCACCGUCACUAGCGGAGAAAGGUGGUGAUGGUGGUGGUGGGGGUGAAGGCAAUGGAAAUGGGGAGGUUAAAGCAAAGUCAGGAGGUAAUUUGAUGAGGUUGGUGAAGAGGUUCCCCAGAAAGGUUCUGGGGGUUUUGUCUAAUCUGCCUUUGGCUAUUGGAGAAAUGUUCGCUGUUGCUGCUCUAAUGGCCCUUGGUACUUUCAUUGAUCAAGGUGAAGCUCCAGACUUCUAUUUUCAAAAGUACCCUGAAGACAAUCCUGUAUUGGGAUUCUUCACUUGGAGAUGGGUUCUUACCCUUGGGUUUGACCACAUGUACUCAUCUCCAGUUUUUCUUGGAACAUUAGUUCUCCUGGGUGCAUCGCUCAUGGCCUGCACUUACACAACACAGAUACCCCUGGUUAAGGUCGCAAGAAGAUGGAAUUUCUUAGAUUCUUCUGAGGCUAUCCGCAAGCAGGAAUAUUCAGACACCCUACCUAGAGCAUCAGUUCAAGAUUUAGGUGUUCUUCUGAUGGGAGCGGGAUAUGAGGUAUUCCUGAAAGGACCAUCUUUAUAUGCCUUUAAGGGGCUUGCUGGUCGGUUUGCCCCUAUUGGAGUACAUUUAGCAAUGAUACUCAUAAUGGCCGGUGGAACUCUUAGUGCAGCUGGGAGCUUCAGAGGUUCAGUCACAGUUCCACAGGGACUGAAUUUUGUUGUUGGAGAUGUAUUAGGCCCAACGGGGUUUCUCUCUACUCCCACUGAUGCUUUCAAUACUGAGGUUCAUAUCAACAGCUUCUACAUGGAUUACUAUGACAGUGGAGAGGUGUCCCAGUUUCACACUGAUCUUUCGCUCUUUGACCUUGAUGGGAAGGAGAAAAUGAGGAAAACAAUUAGUGUAAAUGAUCCUUUAAGGUAUGGUGGAAUCACUAUAUACCAGACAGAUUGGAGUUUUUCAGCACUGCAAAUACUUAAGGAUGAUGAAGGACCUUUUAAUCUGGCAAUGGCACCCCUAAAGAUCAAUGGAGAAAAGAAGCUUUUUGGGACUUUCUUACCAGUUGGAGAUGCUGAAUCGCCUAAUGUAAAAGGAAUAUCAAUGCUUGCUCGUGAUCUACAAUCAAUUGUCAUAUAUGAUUUGGAAGGUAAAUUUUCUGGAGUUCGACGGCCGGGCUCUAAGCUCCCGAUUGACAUAGAUGGUUCAAGAAUUGUUAUUGUAGAUGCAAUAGGCAGCAGUGGCCUUGACCUAAAGACUGAUCCUGGGGUGCCAAUUGUUUAUGCUGGAUUUGGUGCUCUAAUGCUCACAACUUGCAUCAGUUUUCUAUCUCAUUCACGGAUUUGGGCCUUACAAGAUGGAACUAUGGUUAUCGUUGGAGGAAAAACUAAUCGAGCAAAGGCUGAAUUUCCAGAGGAGAUGGACCGCUUGCUUGAUCGGGUUCCAGAAAUAGUUGAAUCAUCUCGUUCCAAGGAACCUGAUAAAGUUAGUGGCUAGUUUAUGAGGCAUUUAGAUGGAAAGAAAGAACACUUGUAGUGGGAUGAUAGAUGCAAUCUUAAACUUUGAAGUAAAGCAGAGAGGUGGCUUGAAUACAAUCAGACGUCCAGCUCUCAAAUUAAGGGCACCACUCCAUCCCAAUUGAACAAAACUUUGGCACAGAAGGUGAAUUUGUCUUUCCAAAUGUAUAGUUGCAGGCCUUUUUCAGCUCAUAUUGCAGAUUCCACAGCCAGGUUUUGAGACAAAGUUUUACAGUCUUUUUCUGCUGAAUUGCUUAUCCUCCAAUUAUUUCACUUACCAUACAAGAUGUAAAUUUCAGACUGAAAAAGAUUUCAUAAAUACAAUAUCAUUCUUUACUGCC